GCCAGGUCCCCCGCAACAGGUGAAGAGGCGGCCGGCGGCGGUGCCUGGGCGGGGCGGUCCCUCCGCAGCGCGCCUCGCGCCCGCCCCUCUCCACGCCCCCUCCCCUCCUCCCGGCCACCGCCGCCCGCCUCGGCCGCCCGGCGGCCUCCUCCGGCUCGGUCUCCGGGUCUCGGGCCCCAUCGCCGCCUGAGAGCCCGCACGCCGAGGAGCGGGGGCGCCACGCACUCGCAGGACACGCGCCGCCGCUGGACCGGCCGCUGCUGGCACCCCCCGCGCGCCUCGCUCCCCGUGCCAGCCGCGCUCCCCUCCCCCUCGCCCGGGUCCCGGGGCUCCGGGCCGCGCGUCCAGCCUCCGACGCGUAGGGGGUCCCAGAGGAGGGGCCAGCCCGGCCAAGGCGCGACGAUGGAGGACCCGCAGCGUGCCCGCCCGCACACCGUCACCACCACCGCCAGCUCUUUCGCGGAGAACUUCUCCACCACCAGCAGCAGCUUCGCCUACGACCGGGAAUUCCUCCGCACCGUGCCCGGGCUCCUCAUCGUGGCGGAGAUCGUUCUGGGACUGCUGGUAUGGACACUUAUCGCUGGAACUGAGUACUUUCGAGUCCCUGCGUUUGGCUGGGUCAUGUUUGUAGCAGUCUUUUACUGGGUCCUCACCAUCUUCUUCCUCGUCAUCUACAUAACGAUGACCUACACCAGGAUCCCCCAGGUGCCCUGGACAACCGUGGGUCUGUGCUUCAAUGGCAGCGCCUUCGUCUUAUACCUCUCGGCCGCUAUUGUGGAUGCGUCCUCCGUCUCCCCAGAGAGGGACAGCCACAACUUCAACAGCUGGGCCGCCUCGUCGUUUUUCGCCUUCCUGGUCACCAUCUGCUACGCUGGAAACACAUAUUUCAGCUUUAUAGCUUGGAGAUCCAGGACCCUGCAGUGAUUUGCCAUUCCGAGAAUUAAGAGGGGGAGAAAAGGAAGAGUCUCACUGUAAAAACAGCUGUAGGUAUAAUGUAUAUUUCCAGAGAAUUAUAUUUAACUAAUGUUUUUAUAUACUUAGUUAAAUUUCGCUCCAUGGUUUGUUACAAUUAAACUAGAUACGUGUUCGCAAAGUGCUAUAGGUUAUAAUGACCUCUUAAAGAUCUUGCUGGUGUCUUCAUACACCUUAUCAUUAUUUUCCUAGACAAUGUAUAAAUGGAUAAAAUGCUAAUAUGAAGAAAGUGUCAAGUUUGUAAACCUAACUUUUAAAAUGCCAGAUUUUUUUUUUUGAUUAAAUGUUUCAAAAUCUUGAAUAACAUUUUAUUGAUUUGAGAAAGGAGACCUGUGGCCAAAGGCCAAGGCGGGGCACUAUGCUUCAUUCUCUCAGGGCUGUGCAGGUACCAUGUUGCUAGGAGACACUUGUCUGUGGCCAUUAGGCUAGGGUGAUAGGAGAGAGCCAUCUUCCCAACUCGGGGAUCAUUGGUGUCUGCGAUUCUCACCUGCCAACCAGUAGACCCAGGGAGCAUCUGAUGAGACAUUGGCCUUAGAGCUUGGUAGUGAGUUCUCCCUAAGUGGUGCUGCUGAGUCCAGUGACUGCUGCACGAGUGGCAUUUUUCUAAUGAUAUUAAAAUCAGUGCAUAAUCAUUAAGAGGAUAAAUACUUGCAUGUACCUUAAAAUCAUCUGGCUGACCACAGUGGCACAUGUACCAUAUUCUGUGGGAAAUACGGGACCAAAAGUUCUCAGAGCUCUGGUGUCC